UGUUCAUAUACAGUUGACAUGAUGGAGUUUGGAUUUCCAGAUGUAAAAAUACAAUUUUCUAUCUUGUUUGUUCAAUAGAAACUUUAAUGUGUCCUUUUAGGUUUGUGUUUGAGCACAUUAGCUCACACUAAGUCAUUGAUGUGUUCAAGGAUACCAUGUAGAAUAGAAUCGAAGGGAAUUUGGAACAGAAAAUAUGUUUCUUGAAAUUAUAGGUUUCAGCAAAAGCUGUAUUAAAAGCUGAAGAACACAUUUUCUUAUUUAUAUAUUAGCAACUUUAUUUAUAUUGAUAUUGAAUGUAUUUCAUGAAAACUGUGUAACACCUUUCCCAUGUUUCCCAUGUCUAUAAAUUCUGCUUGGUGUGGUAGUACCAUAAGAAGGUGUCUGGGUUCUUUUGGUGUGCUUCCAUGCUUCCAAUGGUGUGGCUUCCAAUAUGAAUUGUAUUGAGUUUUUUAAGCUUUGUAAAUGCUAACAAAUAUAAAUUGCCUUAUGAAAUACCCGACACGUAUAAUUUAAAAACAAUACAUUUUUUAACAAAUUGUACAUAAACAAUAACAGGUGGGUUUUGAGGCGUUAUAAAUUGUAUUAUUAACCACAAAAUGUCUCUUUAAGGGAAAAACAAAAUAAUAAUGUUGUACAGAAGGCAGGGGGUCGGAGAAAACCACGUCAGACACAACACCCGAAGGAAGGAACACAGCAACCGCAACAGACUAUGUUAACGAACCCACCUUUUUAAAACUGUAAAUAGUAAACUGCAUAUCAUGCAUAUCAGUUCAUUUUCACAUGUAUUUAUAUUUUAAAUGGUAAAGAAGUGAAACUGUUCUGUAUGUUAUUGUUUUAAAAAUGGGACAAGUGGAGAUAUAACAGAAAUAGAACUGAAGAGGACAUUUCAAGGAUGAGAUCCUGGCACACCACUCUAAAUGAAUCAACAAAAGUAAGGAGUAAACAUACAGGCAGUGGAACACUGCAAGGCACAGGAGACAUUGAAGCACCUAUUUACAGUUUUUGGACACUAAGAUUAUAUCUGUUCUGCCCAAAGAAAUGAAAUUUGCACAUUUACAUUAUAAUUCUGUCAGAAUGACAACAUACUCAUCAUAAUAUAAGCUUCACAUGAUGGCAGAGGUUCCAGCUAGCAAAGUAGGCAACACAUGUUUUGUCAUUGUUUUGAGUGAUUAUUAUUAUUACUAUAUUGUAUCUAUAUUUACUGACAGGCAGUCUCACAGCAGUGUAUUUGAGCGUAUUUUUGUCCCAGCGUGCUUACCGUACCUGUACUUUGCUAUUGUAGUUUUCAAGUAUUACGCAGACAUGCGUAAUAUGUUAUUUUAUACAAAUUGACGUUUUCGCAGCCUUUUGACAAAACGCCCUGUCUGUCACUGCUCCAGGUAAAUAAGUUAAAUUAUUUACCAGGGUAUAAUUUAAGAGUUAAAUUUUUAGCUCUGCACUGAGCUGUUUUGUAGCUAAUCGCAAGCUAACAGCUAGUUCAGGUAAAGCCAGCUCAUGAAGUGAGUCACUGAAAAGUAAAAUGAGCGAAACAGCAAGUGUGGACGAUUAUGUAACCCCUAUAUUUGUGCCACUAACAGCUUAGUUUACGAUUGACUAGUGUGUGUGCAGAGCUAAACUUCAGUGCUCACUGACCUGCCAUUGUAUCUGUGGUGAUAGCAGAAUGACUCUGUUGUCUAACUUUGUAGUAGCUGUUCUUGUCCUCAUUGCAUUUGCUUUGUCAAAUUGUUUCUACAUGAACAACUUGUCCGAUCGUGAAACCAAACUGGUCAGGUAUGUCCAUGCCGAGCCAAACAAGAGCAUAGCAUAUGAGAGGCUUGCCAUUGCUAAUCCAACUGAAACACACAAUAAACCAAGUGAAAAUCACCCUGAAAGUUUCAAAGAGACUACUAAUUAUAGAGAUGACAAAUGCACCAUGGCCCCACAAAGUCGGUUUGACUGUGCCAGGGACAGGGUUCUCAGCAAGAGACAGUGUGAGGAGAGGGGUUGCUGUUAUGCCCCUCUGCCCAACUCUGUUGGACCACCUUGGUGCUUCUACCCCAGUUUGUACCCUGGCUACAAACUGGGUCCCUUCACUCCUUCAAAACGAGGCCUGGCUGCCACUCUGACUCGUGCCAAGCCCUCAUAUCUGCCUAGAGACAUCUCUACACUAAGACUGGAAAUCAUUGAGGAGACCACAGGCUGCUUGCACCUCAUUCUAAAGGACCCGUCCUCUCAGCGAUAUGAGGUCAAGCUCCCAGCUGAUGUUCCCAAGAGCAGAGCAGAUAAGUCCGAUGUCCUUUACACCACCGAGUACCAGUCUGACCCAUUUGGUUUCAUAGUGCGACGUAAAUCCAACGGACGCACGAUUAUAAACACCACUGUGGGACCUCUGCUUUUUGCUGACCAGUACUUGCAGUUGUCCACCACACUAGCCUCUUCCCUUGUGUCUGGCCUUGGGGAACAUUACACCUCCCUCCUCCUGGACCUUAAUUGGACUUCUCUUACUCUCUGGAACAGAGACAUGGCACCUCAUGCUCAUGCUAACCUAUAUGGCUCCCACCCAUUCUACAUUGUACAGGAGGCUGAUGGAUUAGCACAUGGAGUUUUCCUUCUCAACAGCAAUGCAAUUGAGGUGACGCUUCAGCCGACUCCUGCUCUCACGUGGGUGUCAACUGGAGGAAUUCUGGACCUAUACUUUUUUUUAGGUCCUGACCCUCAAAGUGUUAUACGACAAUACCUUCAGGUCAUUGGCCGUCCCAUGAUGCCCCCCUAUUGGUCCCUGGGAUUUCAUCUUUGCCGCUGGGGUUACACCACCACUAAUACAACCCGCAAGGUUGCACAACGCAUGCACAAUGCCGACCUUCCAUUGGAUGUGCAGUGGAAUGAUUUGGAUUAUGCAGACAAGCGAAGGAUUUUCACUUUUGAUCCCUGGCGAUUUGGUGACCUCUCAGAGAUGGUGGAAGAAUUCCAUAGGAGAGGCAUGAAGUACAUCCUUAUUCUGGACCCAGGGAUCAGUAGCACUAGCCCCACUGGAACUUACCCUCCCUUUGAUGAUGGCCUGAAACGAGACGUCUUCAUUAAAAAUGUCACAGGACACAUUUUGAUCGGGAAGGUUUGGCCUGGCCCUACAGCCUUCCCUGACUUCACCAACCCAGAGACCAGACAGUGGUGGGAAGACUGCAUCAGAGGUUUUCAUUCUAAAGUGCCUGUGGAUGGACUGUGGAUUGAUAUGAAUGAACCAGCCAAUUUUGUCCAGGGCUCAAUGGAGGGCUGUCCUCACACUGAUCUUGAAGACCCGCCUUACACACCUAGAGUAGUCGGCGGGGAGUUGAACUCAGGAACUCUCUGCAUGUCAGCUCAGCAGAGGCAAUCCACUCACUACAACCUGCACAAUAUGUACGGACUGACAGAAGCAUAUGCCACAAACAGAGCUCUUGCAAAGGUACGAGGGAAGAGGCCUUUUGUCCUGUCUCGCUCCUCUUACUCUGGCAUUGGACGCUUCUCUGGAGUGUGGACAGGUGAUGUCAGGAGUGACUGGGAGCAGCUGCGAUUCUCCAUCCCUGCUGUGCUGCAGUUUAGCUUGUUCGGGGUUCCUCUGGUGGGGGCGGACAUCUGUGGAUUUGAAGGCAACACCACUGAGGAACUGUGUGUGCGAUGGAUGCAGCUUGGGGCCUUUUACCCGUUUAUGAGGAACCACAAUGACAACUUCAAUGCUCCUCAGGAGCCAUAUGUAUUUGAGCAGGAGGCUCAGGCUGCCAUGCGGAGUGCACUGAACCUUCGUUACUCCCUUCUCCCUUUCCUCUACACACUCUUUCAUCAUGCACACACCUCCGCUGACACUGUGGCCAGGCCUCUCUUCAUGGAGUUUCCCACUGACCCCAACUGUCAGACCAUAGACCGGCAGUUCUUGUGGGGGAGUUCACUCCUCAUUAGCCCAGUUUUGGAGCAAGGCUCAGUCAAGUUGACUGCCUACCUACCCUUUGGCAUUUGGUACAACUUGCAUAAUGGUCAGCCUUUUUACAGUAAGGGUCAGUACCUGCUCCUGUCAGCCCCUCUGGACACUAUCAACGUGCAUGUGAGGGAGGGACACAUUAUCCCACAGCAGGAUCCUGCUCUGACAACCACAGCCUCACGAAGAAACCCCUUCUUCCUGACAGUGGCACUGUCAGCAGGUGGCUGGGCCUGGGGAGACUUGUUCUGGGACGAUGGGGACAGUCUUGAUACCUACAAAAUGCAAGAUUAUUGUUAUGUCAUCUUCACUGCUGGACAGUCUCAGGUUGUGAGUGAUCCUCUGAUGCUGAAUGGGGCCCUGGAUGAACUGAUGCUGGGAGGACUGCAGGUGUUUGGAGUGCCCUCACCUCCCCGCUAUGUUUUGGCCAAUGGGGAGAAAGUCAGUGAUUUCACGUACCACAGCGACACCAAGGUCUUGACAAUGACCAAGUUGACCUUGCCCAUGGCAAAGGUUUUCACAGUCCAGUGGGCUCUCUGAUGCAGCCAACAUUGUCGUUAGAUGGCUCUACGCACAGCUGCUUUUCUUUUACAGGCCGCAUUUGCUCUGUCUUAUAUCCCUCUACAGCAGGUGUUGUGACAGUGUCACACCAACCACUGGAUCAAGACAGUUCAAUGACUUGUGAAUGUAUGCAAUCUUAUAACUAUAUAUUUAUAGUCCUUCACAUUUUCUGAAAUAGUGUUUCUGUGUUUUAGUUCCAUUGUCAAU